CGCGCCCCCUCUGCGCCGCACCGGGCGCCAGCCAUGGCCCAGGAGCUGUACCACCCCGAGUUCGCCCGCGCGGGCAAGAAGGCGGGGCUGCAGGUCUGGAGGAUCGAGAAGCUGGAGCUGGUGCNCUUCGGCGCGUCCGCCUCCGGGGCUCGGGGGCCGGUCCCUCUGGCCGGAAAGGAGUGUUCUCAGGAUGAAAGCACAGCAGCUGCCAUCUUUACUGUGCAGAUGGAUGACUACUUGGGUGGCAAGCCAGUGCAGAGUAGAGAACUUCAAGGCUAUGAGUCUACUGAUUUUGUUGGCUAUUUCAAAGGAGGUCUGAAAUACAAGGCCGGAGGUGUGGCAUCUGGGCUAAAUCACGUCCUCACCAACGACCUGACCGCCCGGAGGCUCCUGCACCUGAAGGGUCGGAGAGUGGUCAGGGCCACGGAAGUUCCCCUGAGCUGGCACAGUUUCAACAAGGGCGACUGCUUCAUCAUUGACCUUGGCACUGAAAUUUACCAGUGGUGUGGUUCCUCAUGCAACAAAUACGAGCGUCUGAAGGCCAGCCAGGUUGCCAUUGGCAUUCGGGACAAUGAAAGGAACGGGAGAUCUCAACUAAUUGUGGUCGAAGAAGGAAAUGAACCUUCAGAGCUUUUAAAGGUUUUAGGGAAAAAGCCGGAGCUUAGUCAUGGAUAUGACGAUGACGACACCAUAGCAGACAUAACCAACCGGAAAAUGGCUAAGCUCUACAUGGUUUCAGAUGCCACUGGAUCCAUGAGGGUGACAUUGGUGGCAGAAGAAAACCCCUUCUCCAGGGCCAUGCUGCUCUCUGAAGAGUGCUUUAUUUUGGACCACGGUGCUGCAAAGCAAAUUUUCGUAUGGAAAGGUAAAGACGCGAAUCCCCGGGAGAGAAAGGCUGCGAUGAAGACGGCUGAGCAGUUCCUAGAUCAAAUGAACUAUUCCACCAAAACCCAGGUAUGUGUGGAAACGAACUGGCUAAAAAAAAAAAUAUUAUUAGAUGGAGAAAAGUUUAAUGUUAGUACCAUAUUCCACCCCUUUCAGAUCUGGCGUGUAGAAAGCACCGGCAGGGUCGAAAUUAACCGAAACUCAUACGGCGAAUUCUAUGGUGGUGACUGCUACAUCAUACUCUACACUUAUCCCAAAGGACAGAUUAUCUACACGUGGCAAGGAGCAAAUGCCACGAGAGAUGAGCUGACAACAUCUGCAUUCCUGACUGUUCAGCUGGACAGAUCCCUUGGAGGACAGGCUGUGCAGAUUCGAGUGUCCCAGGGCAAAGAACCUGCUCACCUGCUCAGCUUGUUCAAAGACAAACCGCUCAUUAUUUACAAAAACGGAACAUCAAAGAAAGAAGGGCAGGCACCUGCUCCCCCGACCCGCCUCUUUCAAGUCCGGAGAAACCUGGCAUCCAUCACCAGGAUUGUGGAGGUAGAUGUUGAUGCAAGUUCGUUGAAUUCCAAUGAUGUUUUUGUCCUGAAACUGCCACACAAUAAUGGCUACAUCUGGAUAGGAAAAGGUGCUAGCCAGGAGGAGGAGAGAGGGGCAGAGCACGUGGCCAGGGUGCUCCAGUGCAGAACCACCAGGAUUCGGGAAGGAGAGGAACCAGAGGAGUUUUGGAAUUCCCUUGGAGGGAAGACCCACUACCAGACCUCUCCACUGCUGGAGACCCAGGCUGAAGACCACCCGCCUCGGCUCUACGCCUGCUCCAACAAAACCGGGAGAUUCAUUAUUGAAGAAGUCCCAGGAGAGUUCACCCAGGAUGAUUUAGCUGAAGAUGAUGUCAUGUUGCUAGAUGCUUGGGAACAGAUUUUUAUUUGGAUUGGCAAAGAUGCCAAUGAAGUUGAGAAGAAAGAGUCUGUGAAGUCUGCCAAAAUGUACCUUGAGACAGACCCUUCUGGAAGAGACAGGAGGACGCCAAUUAUCAUCAUAAAACAGGGCUAUGAGCCCUCCACAUUCACAGGCUGGUUUCUGGGCUGGGAUUCCAGCAAGUGGUAAACUGAUUUUUGUAGGAGUAGACUGAUUUUUGUAGGGGGGGGGGUGUAUGUAACUUUAGAAAAUUAACCUCAGCUAAACUGCUAUUUUUUUAACACAUAGCAUUGGUUUGAAAUUCUUUUUAAACUGGAAUUUGCUGAUGUUAAUGUAUAACCUAAACUAAACUUUUGUUUUGGACCAUUAUUAACUCUGCUUGAAACUGAUUUAUGUCUUUUUAUAUAACCUUUUAAAGAUGAAAAUCUUUGCACAAGCUCGGGGAAUUUGUCAGAAAAUUUUAUUACUCGGGAGCCAUUAGCCAAACGUGUUCUUUAACGUGCCAGAGAGACAGCGUAAGGUUCUUCUCCUUCCUAUGUGUGGGGUUCAAAAGAGGAGUAUGUUUGCAGUAAAGUUUAUGUUAAGAUGGCUGUUAAAGUUUGCUUCCCUCCUUUAGCCAAUGUGACUUUGAUGCCAUUAACUCCUAAGUGUCAUUUUCCAAGAGAAACUUCACCUUUCUUGCCUUUUUAAAAGCCUCUGAAAGCACAGCUCUUUCGUGACAAAACACUUUUUGCACUCUUACCCACUUAGAGAUAUAUACAUAUAUAUACAUAUAUAUAUUUGACAGCACACGUUUAAUGUCACAAAAAUAUGUACAAAAUCACUUUACUGAUGCAGUCUUUCAUCAUUAAAAUAACAUCUUUUUUGUUGUGACAUUUUAUUCAAAUGUGAUAUGUGAGUUAAUUGCAUGAUUGAUUUUAAGGUUAAAUCCUUUUAUGCAUAAAUAAAUAUAAGUUUAACAUUUCUUGAUUCAUCCUCAUUAAGUAGUAGUCAAAAUCAGACAACCUUUUCCAUGGUUACGUAAUUAUGAUAGAUUUUAAAUAUCAUACAGUUCACAUGCAACCUGAGUCCUGUGAAAAGAUAAACUGAGGUAUAUUAGAAGUUUUCAUAUGUAUGGGGGGGAAAAUGGGGGACAUUUGUAAUACUUUCAGCAAUA